GAGAUAUUUCUUAGUAACGUAAAGGCUAUAUGGGUUCAGGAGAAAGGGUGGCAUCUACCUUAAAAAUGCGAUAAGUCAAUAAACAAAAAAAAUUAAACUUAUUGUCCACUCAAAAAUACAUAGCAAUAAACUGACAACUUUCGAAAAUAAUCCGCGCCAAUGUAUUGUUAUGGUUAAUGUAAUAGUCGUGUACAAUAAAUUGUAGAUUUAAAGCACAGAUAGCAUAAAUUAUCUAUAACAUUAUCAGAAUAAUUAUUAUGUUCACUAAUUUUAAUCAGAACUAGCCUUUCUUUUUCCAUAGUAGUUAUGUGUGUUUUAAAAUACAAAUUGAAUCAUUUUCAAUAGCCUAUAAUAAUGAUUCAGAACGUGCUAGACUUAUGCGACGAAGCUCUCAUGAUAUGGAAGCCGGAGCUGAGAUGAGAGUUGACUCACGUGCCCCACCGCCCUGGGCUGAUGCAUUAGAGGAAGCUCACUAUGUUAUGACCAGACUAAAAACUAAACUAUCGGAACUAGAAGCUAGACAUGAGAAACAAAUCAAUCGGCCCGCUCUAGAUGACUCCACUGAACAACAGCAUAUAGAGAGACUCAGCACUGAAAUUGGAAGGCAUUUCACGCAUGCGCAUACACACCUAACAGCUAUUAAAGCACAAAUAAGACACGGUAACAAAACAGAACAAAAACUAGCAGCCAACGUUGUACUAGCACUGGUCACAACUCUGCAGGAAUUGAGCGUGAUCUUCAGAACAGCGCAAUCGAAUUAUUUAAAGUCCCUCACGUCCAGAGAAGAAAGGUCGAAUGCGUACUUCGAUCUCCCGAAUUUCGAAGAGUUGAGUCUAAAUGACAACGAGCUCCCCUCGGGACUUACGGACAACGAAACAGACCUGCUGUUUGCCUUACCGAGCACGUCAGGAACCCAAAAAACCUUCUACGACGAGGACCGAACGGACGAUCAGCCUAAGCAGAUGUACAAUCAGAAACAGCUGCUGCUCAUACAGGAAGCAAACACGAGAAUGGUCGCAGAGAGGGAGGAAGAAGUAAACAAAGUUGUUAGAUCUAUAGUCGAUUUGAAUGAGAUCUUCAAGGAUUUGGCUCACAUGGUUCACGAACAAGGUACGGUUUUAGAUAGAAUAGAUUUCAAUAUAGAGCAGACGCACGUGCAGGUCAGCGAAGGCUACAAGCAGCUGCAGAAGGCGGAGAGGUACCAGCGGAAGAAUAGAAAAAUGAAAUGCAUCAUGAUACUCUGCGUUGUAGUCGUGGUGCUGUUCUUUCUGUUGAUCGUUGUCAAAAGCUAGCCGUAGAAGCUAAAGUUUAUGUUAAAUAAUUUUUUUUUUGCUUAGAUGGGUGCACGAUCUCACUGCCCACCUGGUUUUAAGUGGUUACUGGAACCCAUAGACAUCUACAACGUAAAUGCGCCACCCACCUUGAGAUAUAAGUUCUAAGGCCUCAAGUAUAGUUACGACGGCUGCUCCACCCUUCAAACCGAAACGCGUUACUGCUUUACGGCAGAAAUAGGCAGGGCGGUGGUACCUACCCGCGCGGACUAAUUGAUUACAGAAAUGUUAUGUGUUUGUGAAAUUAUCACACCAAUUCGAAAGAGACUAACUUUCACAACAAAUUUUCAUCGAAUACAUCUCUAUUGAAUUUUCAAACAUGAGCACUAACGUUGACACAAUACCCGCAUGUCUCAUGACCUCAAACAUCAGCGUGCGAUCCGUUUCACAACUAAUAGAUAAAUAUUGUUGAGUCUGUUCAAAUAGUUCAUUUUAACUUCUUUUUUUUCCCCAAGCUUUUUCCUUACUCUAAUAGGUAGCUAGGAAUAACCUAAUAAUUAAUUAAACACUUGAUUUCCAAAAAUUAUACACUGAAAUCGCGGUAAAAAGGAAGUUCAAAUAAAAAUAUGUAAUUUUUAUAUACAGAGAUCAAACAUAUUGAUCUUUUAUCAUUCCAUUACCUACCGAAAUUAUUAUUUGCAUAAAUCCUAAUGAUAAAGCCCUUUCUUAAAUCAAUAUUAAUUUCCCUACAAUAAAUUUCAACGCAAGUAGAGAAUGUCAGGAACCCUUUUCCGAAGAUAAAGAUACUUAGCAGUUGAAUGUAAUAUUCCACAUUAUAUUUUUACGGCCAGACGCACCCCUUGUAAUAAUAAAAGCAAUCUCUAUGAUGUUACCUAAAAUAUUGAUAAAGGUCACAGACAAAUUUCCAAAUGUAUCUAAAUAUUGUUAAUUUUAAGUGAUAUCUUUAAACUCUAGUCUUAUUUUAGUUAUAGAAAAAUAAUUUAUUGUAUUUAUUGGCUGUAAUAUAUUAUUUCGGUUAUUUAUAUAACUUAAAUGUAACAAUUACAUACCUAAUGGCGAGAAUGAAUUUACUGUGAUUAUAAAAGUAUAUUUUAAUUCUA